UUAACCCCCAGUGCCAGUGCCAGUGCCAGUGCCAGUGCCAACAUGACCAGGCUUGAUAUCAAAUUGUGUUUGUUUGUGUGUUUUUUCUGCAUUAAUGGAGUUAUUGUUUCGGGAGAAAGAUCAAAACCAGUUGAUAGAAGCAUAGCAGCAGAUACAGCGCUAUCUGGAGAAGUCCAAUCCAAUAUCUUCAAUGUGAUUAGUUAUGGCGCCAGAGGAGACGGCAGAAUCGAUGAUAGUCAGGCUUUCAAUGCAGCGUGGGAGGCGGCAUGCGGAUCUUCGGGUUCAGUAACGCUUCUGAUUCCAAAAGCAACUUACCGACUCGGCCCUAUCAAGUUUUCGGGACCCUGUCAUCAUGUUACAUCCAUCACCGUCGACAUGCAGGGUUACUUGAAGGCGUUGACCCAGCUGAGCAAGUUUGGAACGUCGCCUUGGAUAGAAAUUGGAUGGGUUGACAGAUUGACAUUGACGGGAGGUGGAACGUUUGAUGGGCAAGGAGUUGGUGCAUGGCGCUUCAACAAAUGCCCCGUCGACAUGGAUUGCGAAUAUCUUCCAUCGAAUGUGAAAUUCAUAUCGACGACAAACACGGUGGUGCGAGGCAUCACAUCUUUGAAUAGCAAGUCGUACCACCUAUCUCUGGCGAAUUGCAGAAACUUCCACGGGAGUGCGAUCAAAAUAUCGGCUCCAUCAAAUAGCCCCGACACCGAUGGCGUUCACAUUGAGCAUUCCACUGGUGUCACCAUCACUCAAUCGGUCAUCGGAACCGGCGAUGAUUGUAUCUCCAUCGGACCCGGCAAUUCUCAUAUCGCCAUCACUGGUCUCACUUGCGGACCAGGCCAUGGCAUCAGUGUUGGAGGAUUGGGAAGAUACCACGGCGAAGGAGAUUUGACGGGGAUUGUUGUGAGAAACUGCGUCCUCAGCGGCACAUCCAACGGCGUUAGGAUCAAGACAUGGAAAAACUCGCCUGAAAGCACUACGGCCUCCAACCUCACUUUCCAAGAUAUUGUGGUGAACAAUGUGGCCAACCCCAUCAUAAUCGACCAGACCCGGUGUCCCUCUUCUACUUGUCUUUCCAGGGGAUCAUCUCGAGUGAAGCUGAGUGACGUUCAUUUCAAGCACAUCAGAGGGACGUCGUCGACUUUGGUGGCGGUGAAUCUGGCAUGCAGCAAGGACGUACCCUGUGAGAAUGUUACGAUUGAGGAUAUUCACUUAGACCUGGCUACUGGUGGACACACUACCAGAUCCAUUUGUAAAUACGUCACCCCUAGUUUCAACGGCACCCGAAAUCCUGAGCCAUGCGUGGUGAACUCUCAAUGACCAGCCGGCCCCUGUUAGCUAGCUAUCUCACUCCAUAAUAAGAGUCAUCGCUUAGCUUUCUUUCAUGUGUAGUACUAGUAGUAGUGGUGGUGGUGGUAUCUCUAUGUUUACGUUUAUUUUGUAAGCACAACUAUUGUCGGUUUUACUUCAUUAAUAGAAUUUUUCCCUUUAGGGAGGGUCUGUUAGA